AUAAUUAAAAGAGUGAAUCACUAAACUGUCCUUGAAUUUAAUUUACUCAACCGCUUGGCCUUGAGGAAUUUUAAACGGAAUAAACCCCCUUAACCGAGAUGUCUACAGUCUCGCCCAAGAACGUUUUCCAUUGCAUUUCAGUGCCGUGUAAGUAAAGUCGAUAUCAAGCAUGUUGCGCAAAAAGAUGAAACUGGACGAUCAGAGCGAGCCCAGCCCAGCACCAGCGGCCGGAGAAUUCACCCUAUCACGCUUUGCCAACACCCCGAAACCUAAACUCACCCACGACAUCCACGCUUCACAUCUCACAUCCAAAUUCGAAACGGUAGCAGAGGGUCAACCGGCCGGGAUUGUGGCCAGUGGCACUGCGGAACCGUAUUGGCAACGAGUGUAUCGCAUCGAGCUGAAACUGUCGGCGGCCUUACGGAACGUUGCCCUGCCAACCGAGGUGGCCGCCUGCUACGAUCCGAUCGCUUAUGCUGGCGAAAUCCAUCGCGCAUACAUGGACCGCUUUCUCGAUGGCCCCAAGCACGUGCUGUUCAUCGGCAUGAAUCCGGGACCGUGGGGAAUGUGCCAAACCGGGGUUCCCUUCGGUUACGUUCCGGCCGUUCGUGAUUGGAUGGGAUUGCGGGGCACCGUUCAGAAACCCGAAGGUGAACUAUCGGUCCGGCCAGUCGAAGGGUUGUCGUGUACGCGCGACGAACAGAGCGGUAAACGUUGGUGGGGUCUAUUCGAGGAGCUGUGCGGUGUUCCGGAAGCCUUUUUCCGUUCCUGUUUCGUGUACAAUCUAUGCCCUCUGGCAUUCUUUCACAAGAGUGGUCGCAACAUAACGCCAAGCGAGUUAAAGGGCAACGCUAAAGGUGAAAUACAGGCGAUUGCCGAGCAGCAUCUAGCGGAGGCACUGCAAGUGUUGCAGCCUAAAAUCAUCAUCUCUGUCGGUCGAUAUACGGAGGAUCGUGUGAAGACGCUGAUCAAACAGAACAAACUCGACGCAACCGCUAUCCGGACGCUCUGCAUUGCUCAUCCAAGUCCGCGCAGUCUGAACAACACCAACUGGAACGAAAAGGCGAAACGUUGGCUCGAAGACAACGGCAUUAUGCCAUUCCUGAAGCAUCAGUCGACACAGUAA